AAUAAUAAUAAAAAAAAAAUGGAUUCAGAUAAUGAAUCUAUAAUUCUAAUAAAACAUAAUAAAGGUUCUUGUAAUCCAUGUGCUAAUUAUUUUUUUCAUUUUUCAGGAUGUUCUAAUGGAAACCAGUGUACCAAAUGUCAUCAUGAUUAUCAUAAGAAUCACGAAGAUCCUUUACAUCCUUCUCAAUUAUUACAUAAAAAAAAUAUAUGUGUACCUUGCGAAAAUUAUUUUAAAAAAGAAUGUAAAAGGUCAAUGCCCGUAUGUAUAUAUUGCCAUGAUGAUUCUCAUAAAAAGGAAUAUACAACAGGGGAAAAAAUAAAUGAAAAUACAAAUAAUAAAAAUCAAUUUAUUUAUGUUAAACCACAUUUAUAUAUAAAUCAACAAGAACAUAUAAGACAAAUGUGCCACCCAUGUGAAUAUUAUUUUACAAACUAUAAAACUUGUUUCAACAAAAUUAACUGUAAUAAGUGUCACCAUAAAGAUCACGCAGAUAUUCAAUCAUUUUAUCACCCUUCAAAUUUU